UUUCAUUUUACAUAAAAAAAUGAAAAAAUCUACAGCGAUAACGAUUUGUAGAAUGUUAGUUUAGCUGCUCUCACUAUGAAUCGUCUUCAAUACCGCCACAAGAUGGCAGAAAUGUAACGUAAAGAAUGAUUAGCUGCCGUAAAGCUGCCGUAGAAUAAGAAAAAGGUGGAAGUUCUAAGGACAGAAAAGACACUUAGUGUUAUUUGCUACAAGACAACAACAAAAUGUUAAAAGACUUGGUGAAAGAGCGACUCAUGGCGGCAGCUGAUGAAAUAUUGGGACUGUUUGAAAGAACCGUAGCCUCAUACGAGGAGGAGCUUGAACGAACUAUAGCGUCAUACGAGGAGGAACUUGACAGAACAAUAGCAUCUUACGAGGAGGAACUUAGUCGAACUAGAGAGGAGAACGAGCGACAGCGACAACAAAUGGAAGCUGUUUGCAAGACACGGAUAGGGCUACACGUUGAAGAAUCCUGUGACCCAAUUCAAGAGGAACUUUCCCCUGAGCCGCAGGGGGUGAGCACCACUUUGGAACCGCAGCCCCCCCAUAUUAAAGAGGAAGAAGAGGAACUCUGGACCAAUCAGGAGUCUCGUCUCGGUCUCACCAACUUGCCACCCACUGGGGUCUCUGUGAAGACUGAGGACCAUGACGAUGAACCACAAGCAGACAGCCUCUUUGCUCCGCUAUCAGACAGCGACGACACGUCACACUUUGAGGUUGAAGACGGACGCCACAGCCAAGAACCUUUGAGCAGCGAUGCAGACUGUGAAGGUGAUGCAAGGACUCACACCGACCACAAACACUCUCCACGCUCUGACAAGAAGGCGGCUAAGAAAUGUUUGACAUGUUCCAUUUGUGCUAAACGCUUUCCUUAUGAGAGCCAUUUGACUCUACACAUGCGGACGCACACUCGAGAAAAACCCUUUAGUUGCUCCGUUUGUGGUAAGGGAUUCUCCCAAAAGGGAAAUAUGGUAUCUCACAUGACGACGCACACAGAAGAAAAACCUUUUAGUUGCUCGGUUUGUGGUGAAAAAUUCUCUAGAAAGUCUUAUUUGGUGUUACAUGCAAGGACACACACGGGAGAAAAACCUUUUAGUUGUUCCGUUUGUGGUCAAAGAUUAUCUCGAAAGUCAAAUAUUAUGUCACACAUGAGAACGCACACGGGAGAAAAACCAUUUAGUUGUUCAGUUUGUGAGAGAAGAUUCUCCCAUAAGAUAUCUGUGGUGAAACACAUGAGAACACACAAGGGGUGUGUAGAGUAGGGUCCCCAACCACCGGCCCGUGGCCC